AUGAGACUCUUUAAUUAUGAGUCUCUUUGGGCCUACCGCACUUCAAAACGAAAUCCCACCGCGACAAUACCUUAUGCUCUGAUGUUCGGCCAUGAUGUAGUCUUGCCCCUGGAAGUCAACGUCCAAUCUUUGCGAGUUCAAGAACAACAUCAUCUUAUCGGAGAGGACUACGUUCAGGCUAUGUGGCAGGAACAUGAGGACCUUAGCGAGAAGCGCUUGGAGGCUUUGGAUAAUUUGGUCUUGGAAAAGCGGCGAGUAGCUCGCGCCUACGAUAAGCGGACAAAGGGAAAAAGUUACAGCGAAGGAGAGUUAGUGUGGAAAGUAGUUCUUCCACUUGGUGAAAAGCUAGAUGGUCGUGGUAAAUGGACUCCGCGAUGGGAAGGACCGUAUAUCAUCUAUAAAAUUCUAGAGAAAGGAGCUUUCCAUCUCAAGGAUUUGGAUGGUGAUAUUCAUCACAACCCUAUCAAUGGCAGAUACUUGAAGAAAUACUUUCCUAGUGUCUGGGAUGCGGAGGAAUCUUAG